AUGACUCAGACUCAGACUAUUGGCCUCGACACCCUCGCGGAAGGCUCUCAGUAUGUCCUCGACCAACUGCAGCUGUCGCGAGAACCCGCAUCGGGUGAUACCAGCGUGCCUGGUCUCAGACAUUCCCUGUCCAAGUCCAAGGACCGGCUCUAUAAUGCCAAUGACUUUAAAAGCCCGACCAUGCGCGAUUCUCUCGCUGACGCCCGUUCCAUGAUUCGCAAAAACUCCUCCGCAGCGCCCAUCCGCCGACGAAUUAGCCGAGCCUGUGACCAGUGCAAUCAACUCCGCACCAAGUGCGAUGGCCAGAACCCCUGCGCCCAUUGUAUUGAAUUCGGGUUGACAUGUGAAUAUGCUCGGGAACGCAAGAAACGUGGUAAGGCAUCGAAAAAGGAUCUCGCGGCUGCCGCUGCCGCUGUCGGUUCGGGACCCGGGCAACAACUCAACAGCACCGCGGACAAGGAAGAUGCAUCGCCUCAGGACAGCGGCCCCUCGCAAGAACCCAGCGGACGAUAUGAUCCGUUGGAAUCUUCCCGUAGCUUGUCCACGUCGGUGCAAUCACAAAUGCCCCAUGCAAAUCCUAUGAACGGUAUUCAAAGCGGACACCCUACGCCUGCUGCUCUUGAUGCAUUACACCUGAACCAGUUCAGCCAUCUUAAUGACUCGAAUCGACCGCAAAUAUCGGUUCCUGAUCUGCAAUCCUUGCAGAUCCUACCCACUAACACCAAUCCCCGCUCUCCACCCUCCGCUCUGCCCCCUCAAGGCCUCCAUGGCGCCUAUGGCGAUAGCACAUUUUCUCUGAUCAACUCUCAAGAGCCGAAUCCUUCUUCAAUCAACCAGUUCCGACUCGGAACCUCAGCAGAGAACCCCUCCGCCCCGUUUUUAGGCCUUUCACCACCUGCGCAAUCGCCAGGGUGGCUGCCGCUUCCCUCUCCAUCUCCUGCAAACUUCCCCUCGUUUAGUAUGGCUCCCUUCUCUAGCAGCCUGCGAUAUCCUGUCCUCCAUCCUGUCCUCCCUCAUAUUUCCUCCAUAAUCCCCCAGUCUCUCGCUUGCGACCUGCUAGACGGUUACUUUACCAGCUCUUCAUCCUCUCAUCUUUCGCCACAGUCCCCAUACGUGGUAGGGUACAUCUUCCGAAAACAAUCCUUCCUUCAUCCCGCAAAACCUCGGGUAUGCAGCCCGGGACUCUUGGCGAGUAUGCUUUGGGUCGCGGCCCAAACCAGUGAUGCUCCGUUCUUGACGUCCCCACCAUCAGCUCGAGGCCGUGUUUGCCAGAAACUCUUGGAAUUGACCAUCGGGCUCCUGCGCCCCCUGAUUCACAGACCAGCUCUGGGCGAGGCAUCACCGAAUUACGCCGCUAAUAUGGUUAUUAAUGGCGUUGCACUGGGAGGCUUUGGCGUCUCAAUGGACCAGCUUGGUGCUCAAAGCACCGCAACCGGCGCCGUUGACGAUGUGGCCACCUACGUUCAUCUGGCCACAGUGAUCUCUGCUAGUGAGUACAAGGCUGCUAGUAUGCGGUGGUGGACAGCCGCCUGGGCCUUGGCACGCGAGUUGAAACUGGGCCGUGAAUUGCCACCGAAUACCUCCCGAUCUGGACAGGAUGGCGACCGUGAUGGUGAUACGGAUGCUGAUCCCACUAAGCGAAACUCCCAGUCAAUGCAUGGACCUGGCAACUCCAGCAUCAAUGUGACGGAGGAGGAACGCGAAGAGCGUCGACGCCUCUGGUGGUUACUUUACGCAACGGAUCGCCAUUUGGCGCUAUGUUAUAACCGACCACUAACCCUGCUCGAUAAGGAAUGUUCCCAGUUGCUACAGCCGAUGAACGACGAUCUAUGGCAAGUUGGAGAUUUCUCUGCUUCCAAGUACCGUUCAGUGGGCCCUCCGGUCGAGUGCACCGGUCACAGCAUGUUUGGAUAUUUCCUGCCGUUAAUGACAAUCCUCGGAGCCAUUAUCGACUUGCAACACGCCCGAGACCAUCCCCGCUACGGCCUUUCCUUCCGGAACGGUACCGAAUGGGAGCAGCAAACCUUAGAGAUCACCCAGCAGCUGGACGCGUAUGACCGGAGCUUGAAGGAUUUCGAGACUCGCUAUACUAGCAGCCUCGCGCUCGGUGAAAAUGAGCCGCUGGAAAAUUCCCACUUGGACCACGUCAGUCCGUCCGGUCGCUCGAGCAGUACCGUCGGCUCCCGGGUCAACGAGUCGAUCGUCCACACCAAGAUGGUGGUUGCCUAUGGAACCCACAUUAUGCAUGUCCUGUACAUUCUUUUGGCAGGCAAGUGGGAUCCCAUCAAUUUGCUAGAGGACCAUGAUAUGUGGAUCUCCUCCGAGUCUUUCAUUGCAGCCAUGAGCCAUGCCGUAGGCGCUGCUGAGGCAGCCGCAGAGAUCCUGGAGUAUGAUCCAGAUCUUAGUUUCAUGCCAUUUUUCUUCGGUAUCUACCUGCUGCAAGGUAGUUUCCUGCUCCUUCUUGCAGCCGAUAAGCUGCAAGCCGAUGCAAGCCCUAGUGUAGUUCGGGCUUGUGAGACUAUUGUCCGCGCUCACGAGGCGUGUGUCGUAACGUUGAAUACCGAGUAUCAGCGAACAUUCCGCAAAGUUAUGCGCUCGGCUCUCGCUCAAGUCCGCGGGCGUGUCCCCGAAGACUAUGGCGAGCAACAGCAGCGCCGGCGGGAAGUGCUAUCUCUCUACCGCUGGACCGGUGAUGGCAGUGGCCUCGCAUUAUAA